UAACACUGAGUUCCUAUGAGGUCCUGUCAAGAUGGUUGUAUCAGGGAUCUUUCUAAUCCUUAUUGGAAUUAUCCACACACAGGCCAAGACUGUACAUGUGGACAUUUGGUUAGGUGGCUGCUCAGAAUCAGAUGGAGAGUACAUGUUUAUGUUGGAUGGGGAAGAAAAGGCCCAUGCAGACUGGAAGGCUGGGAAGUAUGUGGUCACCGUGCCUGAGUUUGCUCCUCCACUUACAUUUGUGGGGGACCCAUAUCAGACAGCAGAGGCACAGCAGCGAAUCUGUAAAAGGAACUUGGGAACUUUCAUAGAGGCUUACAAAAACCCAGUGGUGGCACAAGCACCCCCUGUGAGCUCCAUCUACCCCAGAGAUGAUGUGACGCUGGGCACGGACAACACCCUCAUCUGCUACAUAGCUGAUUUCUACCCUCCACGGCUCACUUUAAGAUGGACCAAGAACAACAGGAACGUGACUCUGGGGGUGAGGAACUCUCAGCUCCGUGUGAAUGAUGAUGGCUCUUUCAACAUGGUCUCCAGUCUGAGAUUCACUCCUGCGGAGGGGGACAUCUACACCUGCACUGUGGAGCACUCCGCACUGACAGAUGGGCCACAGACAAGGGAGUUUGAGGUUGAGGUUCCUCCAGAGGCCAGUGUGGGUCCGUCCGUGUUCUGUGGAGUGGGUCUGACCCUGGGGCUGCUGGGAGUGGCUACCGGAACAUUCUUGCAGGUCAAGGGAAACCAGUGCAACUGAAAUGCCAGUCUAGAUGUCUU